CUGAAUAAUGGAGUGGCUUCAUCGUCUUCUUUUAAAGCUGAAAAACCUCAGCUUCAGGUAGCAUACCUUAAAACCCUAGACACUAGCUGAAAAACGAAAGUCGAUGUCGGACGGAGAAGGUCACGAGUCGGAUGCGCCGGAGGAAUUAACGGCGGAGCAGGGAAUACAACAAGACCAGGAAAUACGAAAAGUUCAGAAGGAGAGUAAGGCAAGGGUUGUUCGUGAAGGGAAAGAACGCAGGAGACAAUGGGCACAAAGGAUAACACCACGACCAUCUCAAGGACAAAAGGUUGAAAAUGUUCAAGAUGUCACCGACUCUGAAACCCAGAAUGAAUCUGUGGGUAAUAAGGGAAUGCUUCCAAAUGACAUCGUUGAAUUGCUUGCAGCUCGUGAGAAGCAAGUUUUCUUAUCAGACUCUGAGGAUGAGAAGUCUCAAGUAAAGCCUACUUCCAAGAUGAAGAAGAGGAAACCCAGAAACUCGGGGGUAAAUACUGUUGUCUUGAAGGAAAUUCCUUCUGCUCAAUGCUUACAGACUUCAUUGGAGUUCUUGAAGAAAAGGAAAACUCAAGUGUCAAGAUCAGCUUGAGUGUUGAACAACUCGAAUCAAGCAUUACGCCUUCUUUCUAAUUCAGGCUUCUUGAAGUAAUAUAUAUAUAUAUAUAUAUAUUUUUUUUUUGGGAAAAAUUGAUGUAGCAACAAUGUUAAUUUUCGAUCUAUGUAUGCUGGUUUAUUUCCAAUCUCUUACACAUUCACAUUCACAUUAUAUGAUGAGCGAUGACCAAUUAGAAACACAAUCAUGAAUAUAUUAGUUUUGUCUGGGUGAGCGAGCAAAUUUUGUAUUAUGAACUUUUAAAAGAAUUUCCCAUCUUUUUAUGUGCCUCGGAUCUGCCUAAAUUUCUUUCUUGAUUACAUUGAAUAAUCGUAAAUAGUGUAAACUAAUUGAUUCAAGCAAACAACAAAAACAAACAACUCUUACCGAACAAAAGUGGGAUAGUAGGGGAACGAUUCCUCUGUCUAUUAUCACAACAUCGCUAAACAGAUAAUAUAAAUGGAAUGUGGUGGGUUUAUGCUUUACAAGAGCCAGGAUACUAUAUAGGUAGAUAUGCUGAUGUAUAUAUACAUACGUAAAUAUGUACAUAUCUAGAUAUCUUCAUGACAGAACUUUAUCAAGAAUUUUUGCUUAGAUCUUCAAGGCAAUUUGACCCUCUAGAUCUUUUUUUUUUUU